UACUAUAGCUUAUCUGCUGUGUGGAAUGUCUUCAGUGAAGCUCCCCCACCAAAUAAACAGUCCAAAGCUUCCUUUCCAAAUCUCAAUUUGUUCUUUUUUUUUAUAUAUUUUACCUGACGAGUUGAUAUUUUGAGGAGAUGUUCUGCGAUGUGUUGUUGAUUUUUCGGACCUGCGUUUCCGUUCUCGUUUGAUUUCCCAUAUUAAGCGGGUUCUGGGGAAAUGCAUUCCUUUGCUUCAUUGGCAACAGAUGUAGGGGAGAAAUUUUUUUUUUUUUUCUUUGAGCUGAACCUUUUGGAGUGUCUAAAAACAGUGCCGUGUGGACCGUAGGGCAGCUGUUUUGCCCAUGGAGGCUGAAAUAGACUUCAUGAGAGAGCUAAUGUCGGGCCUGUGGCUGGAGCGUCAGAGGGCCUGUGUUUGCCUCACAGUGGCAGAUGGAUAAGGAGCUGUCAGCAUGGGUAACAGCUGCCCCAUCCACAGCUAUUAAACUACCUAGCUGUGAUGUGACAGUCGCACUAAUAUGGCUCCAGAUCCAAAAGUACUGGUUUAGUGAGUGGCGGUAUCCUGAAGGCUACGGAAGUGGGCGCGUGACCACUGGGUUGACUGGUUCAUUUUGUCAAAUCUGCUGGGGAAGUCGGUGUGGGGAAAGUGAGUAAAAUAAAAGGUAAAUGCUUGGCAACAGCUGGUGUGAAGGUGCCUUUGAGCAAAGGCACUUACUGCUUGAGCGGAGCUGCUCAGUAGCCAGUGGUAGAGGGGUGCAGAUGUACUGGGCACCAUCCCAGGUAUUAAUGUGUUUUCCUUAAUGAAAGCAAAGUAGGUUGCGGUGAAGUUGUAUACAUGUUCCGUGUGAAGAAAGAACAAACAUUUGUGUUUUUGGUGGGUUAUUAGAUUUCCAACAAAAGUGAAAACAACAAUGCUACCACUUCAGAAAUUCCCUCCCCAGCUCUCUGUCAGGUGGCUGCAGUCGUUUUGCCUGGAGGUUUUGCCCAGACAGGUAAAUCAUACUUGGUACUAUGAUUUACUACACACCUCUACCCAGUGGCAUACUCGGUUUGACGUUUUUGUUACUGGCGACAGGGAGCUUGCUCCAGGAAACCUUAACCCCCUUCCUGUUGAAGCUGAGCAGCUGACAUGAACAGUGAGUGGGGAAGUAGAGCUAACAUUAGCCCGAAGCAGCCCCUGCUGGAGGAAGGACAUUAAAAUGUGCUGGCACAACUCCAGUGCGCAUCCUGAGGGACUCUCCUAUCACAUGUGUUUGUUUGGGUGCAAUCUCUAAUACAGUGUGCCCUGCAACAGAAGGCUGGCAGCCAACAGAGCUACCCCGAGAAGCCAGCAAGCCUCAUUAAUAUUGAUGCCGUGACUGCUUCUCUUGGGAUAACCUCAGCUUACGGAGUUUUAUAGCCAGGAAGGAAAUGUAGACCGCUAAAGCUCUCUAAUAACGUUACAUAGAUGACUUAUAUCUGCCUGGAACAACCAUGUAACAAAGCAUGUAGCCCACAAUUUUCUCCCAAAAAAAUCUGGCUUUGUUGUUCAGGCUGAAUGGACUGUGACUCACUGCACUUAAUCAGUUCCUACUUUUGUUAUUCACUGUUACGAGCGAGGAGCCGCAAACUACAUCAAACCAAGAUGAGGUUUUCACUCUCAGAGAAGUCAAAAUCCACAGAACUAGUUGAAGCCACAUGCAGCCAAUCUACAUUUUGCUUUUCUUUGAGAAAAUGUUUUCUCAAAGAUUAAAUACUUCUUCCAUCUUCCUAAAGCUGUCUCACCACUGUCCACACAAUUCGUUUUAAUUAUUUACAGCCGGUUGCAGGCCUGCCAUUUCAUUCUGCAUUGCAUGACAAUAGUAUUUCCAAGAAAAUUAUAUAAAAUAACUAAGUAUAGUGAUAAAUUAGGUGAAACCAAAUAUAUGAAAUUCCAUCCCAAGGUGGUCUGCAGGCCCACCACCACAAACAAAAGAUUACUGUGUGAAAUGUACAUUGAACGAAAGGUAUUUUCCCUUUGGAGGCCUCGCUGACCUGUUUAGUCUUCUUUCAAACAACACACAUUGCACAUAUUCUAUUUCUGUACUCGUUAUUUAGCCCAACAGUGUGAAACUGAACUAGAGUGGUUAGCCCCCGGUCAGCUAAGCCCAGGUUUCCUGUUUACCUCGCAGAAGCUAAUAUCAUAUUAACUAUGUCAACUAGCAGGCAUUGUGGGGCACCUGGCAGCUGUAAUCCAUGGGAUUUAGAGGUGUGCACUUUGCACUAGUUAGCUGCUCUCAACCUGCCACUGAGUAACAAGUAGACCGCUUGCUUCUGCUGUUCACCGGCACCUUGAGUUUAUAGGCCCAGUUUGUUGUUUGAUGCUGUAUUUUUGUGUGCAGUGCAGAAAGACAUUUUUAAACCUGUGACUAGCUUAAAGGCUGACAAGUGAUUGUGGUCAAUGGCCAAAUGUAGAUCUGUAGUGUGAUAUACUGUCGGGGAAUUUGCAGUACAGCCACAGUGCAGUUUGGUACCAGAUUAACUCCACUGGUAAUUGCUCACAUAGGAAAACACAAGUGGAUGAAUCAGAGCAGCCUGCUGUGACUAAAUGAAUGUAACUGAUGGAAACACUGAGUUUUAUAAUGACUUUAAAGACUUUAUUUAAUAUGGUUAUGUGGAUUACAAGAUCCGCAUCGGUUCCCUAGUAUAUAAAAAGAUCUUGAAAAAUAGUUUACCACAUUGAGACGACAACCGGCCUCUGAUGUGAUCUAUAAUUGAACUAGUUAACACAGCAGCUUCUGUGUUGUGGAAGUCACCAAGCUUUGUUUAGACGAACAUAAUGGUGGAAAUAGCCUUGGAAAGCUUUAGAUGUAAACAAGUUACACUGCCAGAGCAAGUGUUGUUGCGGAGCCCAUGAGCAAGAUAAAAUCCCACGGCUCUAACGAAAGUGCAUGCACGUGUCUGUGUAGUAGUAGUAUACAACUUAAAUGUGACCUUUUAAGGGUUAAAAAUGGGAAGCACAUCUCUGUCGUCCCUUCGUGAGGAGGUCACCAGCGUCCCUUGACUCUGUCUCUCCACUUUACGGCCAGGGGCAGACGAGGGUGGGCUGCUUUUUGCCGGGCGUACCCCUCCGUCUGUGAAAGGAAGUGAAGUUUGAAGGUCAGGGGAAUGUUGGCGGGGAUGCACAAUGGAAGCUACGCAUGUAAGGCCACUACGCAGCUGCUUCGAGUGCAGUGACAGCAGGCUGCAUGGUGAUGGUGUUUUUUUUUCCACAAGUUGCUUUUCCUGACUCAUCCCAAAACACAGAAGCUUUCAGCGUGCUGCGACAAGAUAACAGAGUCUGAAUGUUCCACGGAGGGAGCUGUGUAUCUCACAGAUUAGUCUGUCAUGUUGAUAUUCAGUCUCAAUAUACCAUUGAGUGAAAUAUCAUCAGGAGUGUACGCAUGGACUUCAGUGCCACUGGGGCUCUACAUAGCAAAGGAACAGGUUUAGUGAUGGACUGUUUUCUUUGAAGGCUACACCUACUAGCCUAAAGCUUUCGCCUUGUCCAGUGUAUGGUUAUUUUGGAUGGAUGGAAAUGGAAGGAAGACAAACAAAUUACUUUCUGCCAAUUUAACAUUAUUUUUUUCAGGUUUCUGUCAGCUUUAUUAACAAAGACUGUUUUUGUUGUUGUAGAGUUUGCAGAUUGCAGAUCACUAGUUGUAUUAUUUUCUUGUCUUAUUCAACUGUGUUCAGUCUUGAACGUGCAUUUCUGAAGAUCUGCGGCCACAGCUGAUCUUUGGCUGUUUAGUCCAAAUCCCCCUUGAUCUUGACAAUGUAAAAUAUUAUAUUCAUAAUCAAGUGAAAAGGCCAAAGAGAGGAGGACAAGUCACACAAUGCUUGGGUAUUGAAUGAGAGUAUUGUGACUCCUACUAUGUGGAGCUCAACAGACGCUGCUGUGUCUUCCAACAAUGGCUUCUUGCAGGAAUUUCUCUCUGCAGCUGUGUUCUGCUGAACCAGACACUGCCAGAGAUUCUUUUCAGAGACGCUCUCUGUGAGGAAAUGACCUAGAGGCCUUACAGAUACAUUUGUGCUUUUGUCGCUCUAAUCUGCAUCCGCGGAGAACAGCGAGAUCUGGAAGCACACUUGUUUCCGCGGUGAGUAAUAUCUACCUCAGCCAGCAGACAGGGGAGAAACCAGGAAGCUGCUGGAGACUUCAGGCAGGCAGACAGAGCUAUCAGCUGGCCACUCGCUCACUGCCUGCAGAGCCCUGCUUUGUGAAGAGGAUUUGAGACGGACUGGAUCUGUCUGCCCUGCGCCUCCCACAGCUCCUCAACCAGCCAGUGCACAAGAGCCGAAACCACAUCCUCUGAUUCCAGCAUUUACGUACUUGUUUUUUGUUUUGUUUUAUUACUGUCAUUUUCCCUCUGUGCUGUUGACCAGUGUCUCAUUUUCCUUGGAUUCAAUUUUCAUUUUUCCUCUCAGCUUUUAAAAGGAUUUUCUACUUUUAUUAGUGCAGGCUGGUAUAACUUUAUAUAUGUAAAUACAUAUGUGUAUAUACUCUAUAUACUGUAUGAAGAAGGACUUUUUUUUCCCAUUCUGAAGGAAAGUUAAUGCACUUUAAAACUUGGCUGUAGUACCACUUAAAGUAAACUAAGGAGUGUUUUUGACUUUUCCUUGCCUAUUAUGAUAUUUUUUUCUGAAGCUGGAAACAGAGAAUCUGGAGGUGUGUCUGUGCUGUUUUUAAGCUGGGUCUGACGUAUCUGCAGCAGGGCUGCAUGUAAGCAUUUCACUCAGCCUGCCAGUCUUUUUGAUCGACCUCCAACCUCACCGAAGUCUGUGCUGCCUCUCUACAAGGCACACUGAGAUGAGCCUCUGGCAGGUAAAAUCCUUGAGCUGUCUUUUUACGUAACUUGAACAGUUUCAGGACAGUUGGGUUUAUUGUUUUUGUAAAAAGGACAAGAGCACUUUGCGGGGCAAAAACGAACUAAAAACCGCAGCUUCCGGUGCUGUCGCACCACUUAUGUAUUGUUGUAGUGCGCAGGAAAGUAAAAUGGACUACAAGCGUCGCUUUUUGCUCGGCGGGUCCAAGCAGAAAGUGCAACAGCACCAGCAGUACCAGAUGCCUGAGCUGAGCCGGACCCUGAGCGCCUCCCUGGCCUCCUCUUGCUCGGCCUCUUCGCCCAUGGGCACCGGGGUGGGCAUGCCUGGCAACUGCCACCCACCUCCUUCUGGCGCCACUACCGCGGUUGCAGACAUCCAGCAAGGCAUCUCCAAAUAUUUGGAUGCCCUCAACGUGUUCUGCCGGGCCAGCGCCUUCCUCACAGACCUGUUCAGCAGUGUGUUCAGGAACUCUCACUAUUCCAAAGCAGCUAUGCAACUGAAGGACGUGCAGGAACACGUCAUGGAGGCGGCCAGCAGGCUGACUGCAGCAAUAAAGCCUGAGAUCGCCAAGAUGCUGAUGGAGCUGAGCGCCGGGGCCGCCAACUUCAAAGACCAGAAUGACUUCAGCCUGCAGGAUGUUGAGGUGCUGGGUCGGUGCUUCCUCACGGUGAUGCAGGUCCAUUUCCAGUUUCUGUCCCAGGCUUUGCAGAAGGUGCAGCCUGUGGCUCAAUCCUGCCUGGCAGAGGCUCUUGCCCAGGCCCAAGAGCGUUGCGCUAAUGCCCGCUCCCAAAGCUCUGAUCUCGGGCCUCUCACAGAGCUGGAGGAAGCCUCCCGCUCAUGGAAAGGUGCAGCUCAGGCCAUGGCAAGGCUGAGAGAGAGGGGCCGGGACGGCUGCCUGGCAGGCAUCCAGGUUCAGCAACUCUUCUGCUCCAACAACACAAACAUCCCUGAGCAUCAGCUGAAGGAGCUCAACAUGAAGAUUGACAAUGCUUUACAGGCCUACAAAGCAGCACUUGAAAGCCUAGGCCAUAGUGAGUACGCACUGAAGGCCGGCUUUUUUCUUAACCCCAAAGCUGUGGAGGCAGCCUUACAGGGCUGCUGCAGUGAAGCAGAGGCCCAGCAGGCAGGCAGGAUGCAGACCACCUCCCAGCCCAUCCAAUGCGAGCUGCCCACCAUCCCUGUGCAGAUUGGCUCACAUUUCCUCAAAGGAGUGUCCUUCAACGAGUCAGCGGCUGAAAACCUCAAGCUGAAAACGCACACGAUGUUGCAGCUCAUUAAGGAGGCACUGGGCCAGAACGGAGUGACCCCCAGGGACGACUCUCCCGUCACUGAGGUCCUCAACCAAGUCUGCCCAUCCAGUUGGAGAGGAGCCUGCAAGACGGCCGUCCAGCUGCUGUUUGCCCAGGCUGGUCUGGUGGUUGUUGAUACAGCUCAGAUUGAGAACAAGGAGGCCUAUGCUCCCCAGAUCACUCUUGAGGGUUCCAAGGUGGUGGUCCAGGUUCCCUCUACAUGGUGUCUGAAGGAGGACCCAGCCACUAUGUCCUUGCUCCAGCGGAGCUUGGACCCUGAGAAGACACUUGGUCUGGUAGAUGUGCUGUACACAGCAGUGUUUGACAUCAACAGGUGGAAGGAGAGAAAAGAGCAAGCCUUGCCCACCAUUCAGAUACAGCUGCAGCGGGAGAGCCCAGACUAUGGCGGUCAGGCAGACCUGCCUCCAGGCACCAGUUCCAAGACCUCCAGUGGAUUGCCCAAAACAAUAUCCAAGCUGACUUCAAAGUUUACCAAGAAGGUCUCAUCCAGCUCUAAUAGUGGGGGCAGUUACUCCAUCCCUAACACCCCGUCUCGCACCAUGCUAACAACCAGUAGCUCUGAGGAUAAGGCCAAGAGCCUGGGCCACAGUGAUGGGAGGCUACAGAGCAUCCUGCAGAUGAGCAGCUUGUCCUGCACCCCCGACUCUACCCAGCAAAGCCAGCUGGCCAACGGCUCAGUGUCCGAGGACCAGGGGAUGAACCUGCCGACGGACCAAGAGAUGCAGGAUGUCAUCGACUUUCUCUCAGGAUUCAACAUGGGAAAAUCCCAGCAGGCAUCGCCCCUGGUCAAGAGGAGGAACUCUGUGGCUUCUGCAAACCCCGCUGAGCUGAAGCCCCCAAGUGGACCUCCGCCAACUUCUCAGUCUAUCUCUCACAAUGCCCUGCAGCCCCAAGCUCAGACCCUGUCCCAACCCCAGCCCCAGGCGGUGCAGAAGCAGCAGCCUCAGCCACAAACACAGCCACCUCCUCCACAACAACUACAGCCCCAACAACAGCAGCCCCCUCCUCCACCACAACAGCCCUCCCCACAGGCCCUGCAGUACUACCAGCACCUCCUGCAGCCUAUCAGUCAGCAGCAGCCACCUCCUCCCCAGCUUCCUCCUCAGCAGACCCCACCCCAGGUCCUGCCACAGCAAAGAGUGGCAAGCAAGUGGCUCGGCACCUCUGGGCAACAGCCUCCACCGCAAGGCCCGCCAGCAGGGCUGUCACCCCUGGGUCCAAUAGGGCAGUGGGGGUCUCCUGGACUGCCGGAUCUGAGCUCAGAUCUGUACAGUCUGGGCCUGGUUAGCACCUACAUGGACAGUGUCAUGUCAGAGAUGCUGGGUCAGAAGCCGCAGGGGCCACGCAACAAUACUUGGCCCAACAGGGACCAGAGUGAAGGAGUGUUUGGAGUCCUGGGAGACACGCUGCCCUUCGACCCAGCAGUUGGCUCUGACCCCGAGUUUGCGCGUUACGUUGCCGGCGUCAGUCAGGCCAUGCAGCAGAAACGGCAGGUGCAGCACAUCCGUCGCCCUAGCAACCCGCGCAGCAACUGGCCAAUGCCUGAUGAGCAGCACAGGACCUGGUCCCACCCAGAGUACUACAGUGAGGGGGAGGCCGUAAACAACAGCUGGUCAGCCAAUCAGGGGGACUCGGCCAGCUCUAGCGAUGAGACGUCUUCAGCCAAUGGUGACAGCCUGUUCUCCAUGUUUUCUGGGCCAGACCUGGUAGCUGCGGUUAAACAAAGAAGAAAACACAGUUGUGGUGAGCCGGAGGUGUGCACUCUGCCCUCACCACCACUCCAUCACAUCGGCGAUGAUAACCAGGACAGCAAAACUAAAACCUGGCCUCCCAAAGCGCCGUGGCAGCACUCCACCCACACACACACCAACACCAUGCCCAAUCCCAGCUCUUCCUUGUACCAGAUGAACAUCCCUCCUUCCUCCCAGUGGAGCGACUCCAUGCAGAUGUUGCAGUCUCCUGUGUGGUCCACUGCCAGCGACUGCUCCCCCUCCACCGGCAUCUCCUCUGGUUUUCCCUUCACCCAGCAGCAACAGCAGCAGCAGCAGCAACACAAACCCAUGACCAAGGGCUUUAAAUCCUUUCCCCUCAAACACGAGCACAGGCCCUCCUACCUUCACCAGUACUGAUUACAGUCUAAUGUGGAACGAGUCCGCAGUGAAGUGCCACUGAGGGCCUGUUGCUCUGUUAGAUGAGCCACUGUGUGGGCCGAGCUGCAGCCAUUACAGUCCACACCCACUGAAUUAGAAGAUUUCAAAGCGUCAGAGGCAAAAUUAAGUAUACACACUGGCUCAACAUUUUUGUAUCUAUAUUUUUCCAUGUCAAACAUCCCCAUUUGAAAAAAAAAAGAGACGUAUUUUGAAGUUUUUUGAACUGCCAUGUUUUAACUACGAAAGGCGCAUGUGUCAUGCUGACAGCAGUUAGUCUAGUGGUCGUUUCUCUGUCUGUUGAGCUGACGUCUCCUCAGACAAGAGCUGGAGACGUGCACGGCCGUCACCCACUUGCUUCUGCAGCUGAGCGUGUGUGUGUGUGUUGUGUUUGUGUGCGUGUGUGUAUGUGUAUGUAAAAGAGGGGAUUACAAGGGGGCAAGGGCUUGAAAUGCUCUCAUUUUGCCCAUAAUAAAUAUACUGUGUCUACAUAGCUGUAACUGCCAAAUCUCACGCAAGAUGACUCAGAAUACAGCUACCAUCUACUGUUUCAUAGCUUGUAAAAUACUGAAGUUGAAAUAUAAAUAUUUAGUUCUUUUUAUUAAGAGGCUUUGAGCAGGCUCAGCAUAAAUAUAGUAAGUCACUGCAGAGGUGUAAUUUGAGAGAAAUACACUACUUUUUCAACAACUGACCAGAGAUAAGACAUAUAGCAGUAACAAUGUGCCAUGUUGGUAUUGAUAGCACUUGCAGAAUAUUAUUUCCAACCAAAGCGUUGUUCAGAAGAUGAAUGGUGCUGAUGAGAUAAGAGGCGGUCUGAGAUUAUUGAUAAACAGUGAAGUUAUACACCCUAUUGGACGAGAGCUUUAGGGAACAUCUUCACACCCAGAAGCGCAUUCAUUUCCUCCUCUCUAAUUGGCGGUUGUUGCUCCAGAUUGACACUAACUCUCAUAAACCUAACUUUUCUUUUGUUUAAUAAUACAAUAUUUUUCUUGUACAAUUAUUGACAGUAUUAAUCUUAUUUUUGUAUUUUCUUACAUGUUAUACCAUUACUGUAUGUUAGUAUUCUUGUAGGCAUAUACAUAAAACAUUAUUUUCCACCUCCCAAUAUGUGAAAAAGCACAUUUUUUUCCUACAGAGUUGAACUACACCAUCUAUCUAUAAAGGUUACCAAAUAUGCCAUGCUAAACACUAAAACAUUGUGUGAUGAGGGUUUUUUCGAGCCCUUGUUUCUUCGGUUUCUAUGGCAAUGGGCUGCAUUUAAAAGCCCAGAAUGUUAUCUUUUUGUGAUGUUUGCGGAUGCCAAUGUUGCCUGUAUUUAUGAAAUGACACCAUGUUUUCAGAAAACUAACAUACUUAACAUGUUUACAGAGAAUUGUUUGCUGUAUAUACAUAUAAAUAUAUAUCUUUUUAUAGUUAAUGUGCUUUGCACAAUCAAGAUAUAGGGUUUGUUGCUUUUUGUCUGUGUUCUCUCCCUAACUGUUGCAGCCUUUUUUAAAGACAUCAUUACAGACCUUGGACUGUAACUGUUAGCUUCUCAGCUGUGUCAAAUGGUUUACUAGUGGCUUCUACAAAAGAAAAAAAAAAUAACAAAAACAUGUUGCCCUGGUAGAAGAUAUGAAGGGGGACUGCUUGGCUUAUGUUGCUUAUUGUUCUCUUGAGCUGGCAACUGAAUCUUUCCAAGUGUACCAGCAAUGCAAAAAAUGAAUAAAAAUGACUAGCAAUUCAAA